CCGACUUUACGAAACUCUAUUGCAGUAUUAUUUCAUCUGAAUUUCCAAAGCUCGGUUAGCUUUUUGUUUUCAUUUCGAAAAUCUUCAGGGCAGUAUUGACAUAACACAUUCAACAAUUGCAUGGUUACGUAGAAUUCUUCGGUUGCUAUAUCAACAAACUACCCUUAGACAUUAAGUCUUCACUGGCAGUUACUUCAGCCGCAAACGGAUCUGAUUGUGAUUUAUCAGUCGCUUUUGCAAAAUAGUAAUUAGGGCGUCUUCACUUUCGAACAGAACUUGCAAAAUUUCGUACAUACAAUCAAUUGUCAUCUGAUUCUCGUCACGAGCACCUACAUUGAGUUCAUGGUUGUGAUCGAUACCAGACCGAACGAUUGACCAUAUAAUUCAUCGAAAAUCAUUAUAGUAUCAUCCGAUAUUACGGGUGAUAGGGACACGUUGUCGCAAUCAUGCUGGAGACUCGGGCUAAUUACGAAUCGGCUUUGGUACGCAACCCUUAUCCGGUACCCGAUCUCGGACGUGAGGGAAUUUGGAUUGCGCGUGGUCCGGUCGUCGGCUCAAAAGUUGUACCGGACGAUCCGAAGUGGUACAAAAGAUUGAAACCGCACGAGCGACUAUUCGCCCAUCACACGCUCAACAGCAUCCGUAAGGAUCAUCGUCUCGUCAGAACCAAGGUACCGAACGACGCCCUCGAUUUGGCUCUGACGUCGAGCUACUCUCACAACCUGGACAUGAUGGUUCCGAAAGCUUACGUUCACAUGCAGCCGGAAACUUUGGAUAAAGAAACUUGGCGGGUCCUUCGGAAUCAGAUAAAAGUAUUUACGAAACUUCCACCGCGGAUGGGGGAGAACCUCUACUUCGACGGGUCGAAAACAACGAUGGAAAAAAAUUCCGGUGGCGGAAUAAAGCAGAGGAUUCAUCCGAGCAGUCUCAAGUUAACGAUCGAGGGACCUCAUACCGAUCAAACCAAUCCUGGUUUCAGUCGUAAAAUCGAUGGAACUUUAUACAGCAUUUAAUCAGAAUCUCGUCCGUAAAGCGGGACGCGCUUGUUGGAGAUUCUUUUUUAUUUUCAAAUACGUUUUAUUUUGAAACGAGAGGAUUCGGGUGCUCGUAGUCAACGUGCACCUUUUCAUCCCCGUCAUUCGCCCGGCGUAAUUGUAAAUAUUUUAUUCCACCGUCAACGUCGGUGAAUCUUUUGUCGAGACUUAAUUUUACUCUCGCUAUAAUCGAGGAUUUAUAUCAGCGAAAUAUACUUUUUACCUGCGCCGGUGUAAUUUAUUUUCGUAUGUACGACGAACGGGAGUUGAAACGGUGCGGCUGGAGUAGGAAAUAGAAAGACAAAAAAUGCCAAAUGAUGUCACAGGUGGAUAGUUAAGCGAGACGCGAGACAUAAGCUCGUAAUGCAAAGUAAAGCAAGGCAGGUUGGGUAUAAGGUGAAGAGUCACCGAGGGCGGUGGCACCGCGGAGCGCAAUCAUGGCUGGAUUAGGCCUAUGUAUGAGGUUCGGAAGGGUGGAGAGAGGAGAGCCUUGCAGAGGGUAGUUGUGACGAAGGUUGGAAGGGAAGUGGA